UUGAAGUUUAUUAUAAUUAUCAUUUGAUUUAACAAUAUUGUGGAAUAUAGAGAGCAGAAAAUUAAGCCGUUUUAGUACAAAUGUGAAGAUAUUCCUUAUAAUAAAUAUGCAGUCUUUAAAACAUCGACUAUGUGUGAACUCGAUGUACUUAAUUGUCGUUUUAGGCUGUGUUAUGGCUGGAUUCUUUUUAGUGUUUAUAUUUAUAACUGAAGAGGAAUUGGUAAAAGAAAGUGUCAAGUCACAAGUCUUAAAAGUUCCAAGUGUUAAACCAGAAACAAUAUAUAAUUUAUCCUGCUUUUACGAUAUGCCAAAGUCAGAUGAUACGUUUGCGCCAAUUGACGAUAGAUCAAUUUUCUUUUUUGAGGCUUCAUGUAUUGGCAAUUUGACCAUGUUAAAAGCUUGCGCAGUUGAAUCUGCUGCUAGGUGUCACCCUAAAAGGCAUAUAUACGUGCUAUUCAGUUCAGGAGUGUUAAAUAUCACAACGAAAAGCUUCAUUGGAGAAUUGCUCCAAUAUAAAAACGUAAAAGUUGCUCGUUUGCCUGUACGUGAAUAUUUAAACGACGCGCUCUUAGAAUCAGUUUUGAUGAAUGAUUCGAGGAAAAAUAUACGCCCUGAAGACUUCUCGAAUAUACUAAGAAUGGUGAUUCUGAACAAAUGGGGAGGUAUUUUUAUUGAAGACGACAUGAUAGUGUUUCGAUCCUUUGAAUCUCUACCUCAGAAUUGGGUCGCUAAACAAGAUGUUGGAGUAUCACCAAAGAUCCUAGCAUUUGGUACAGAUGAAAUUGGACGGAAUAUAACCAGUGAAAUAAUUAAAGAUAUUUCUAAAUCAUAUGCUUCUGUAACUGAACAAUAUACUUUGUCAGAUACUAUUACCAAGGUUUUGAAAAAGAUGUGUCCUCAAGAGUUUUCCAACAAAAGCAUUAUAACUUGUAAAGGUAAGAAAUAUGUUGAAUGAAUAGACUUAUAACUUC